UUCAGGUUUAAGGACCAACAGCUCCUAAGUGACUGCAUCCACAGACAUGAUGAUGGUAAUGACCGGAGUCAUGUCGGUGCCAGAUCUGGGCUCCACAGCCAGCACCCUUGCUGCAGCUUCCAAUUUAUCUGGGAUGCCUGAAGACGGCAGGCCCACUGCUGUGGAACAGCCGAUAUUCCUAAUGACAACAGCUGCUCAAGCCAUCUCAGGUUUCUUUGUGUGGACAGCUUUGCUCAUCACCUGCCAUCAGAUCUACAUGCACCUCCGCUGUUACAGUUGCCCCAAUGAACAGCGCUACAUUGUCCGGAUUUUGUUCAUUGUGCCCAUUUAUGCUGUUGACUCGUGGCUCAGUCUCCUUUUCUUCACCAAUGACCAGUACUAUGUUUACUUUGGUACUGUGCGGGAUUGUUAUGAAGCCUUUGUAAUCUACAACUUCCUUAGCCUCUGCUAUGAGUACCUUGGUGGGGAGAGUUCUAUCAUGUCAGAGAUCAGGGGGAAGCCUAUUGAGUCCAGCUGUAUGUACGGCACUUGUUGUUUAUGGGGGAAGACAUACUCCAUUGGAUUCCUGAGAUUCUGCAAACAGGCUACUCUGCAGUUUUGUGUGGUGAAGCCCCUCAUGGCUAUUAGUACAGUUAUCCUUCAGGCUUUUGGCAAGUACCAGGAUGGUGACUUUGAUGUCAGAAGCGGGUAUCUGUAUGUGACAAUCAUUUAUAAUAUUUCCGUCAGCCUGGCACUCUACGCCCUAUUUCUCUUCUAUUUUGCCACUCGUGAACUACUCAGUCCCUAUAGUCCUGUCCUCAAAUUCUUCAUGGUCAAGUCUGUCAUUUUUUUGUCCUUCUGGCAAGGGAUGCUGCUGGCCAUCCUGGAGAAGUGUGGUGCAAUCCCUAAGAUCCAGUCCGCCAAUGUCUCUGUGGGUGAGGGGACUGUGGCAGCUGGCUACCAGGAUUUCAUCAUCUGUGUGGAAAUGUUCUUUGCAGCCUUUGCUCUGCGUCAUGCCUUCACGUACAAGGUUUAUGCAGACAAGCGUCUCGAUGCACAAGCUAUCCUGACUUGCUUUGAUUUCUCUUUAGGUCGCUGUGCCCCCAUGAAGAGCAUCUCUAGCAGCCUUAAGGAGACCAUGAACCCCCAUGAUAUUGUGCAGGAUGCCAUCCACAAUUUCUCCCCUGCCUACCAGCAGUACACUCAGCAGUCAACCCUAGAACAUGGACCACCCUGGCGUAACGGCAGUCAUGUCAUCUCACGUUCCCAUAGCAACUCUGGUGCCCGUGACAAUGAAAAGACCCUAUUGCUGAGCUCAGAUGAUGAGUUCUGAAGAGCUUGAUGACACAUGCCACAACCUUUAUUUAUUGAACCAGAAACACAAGUCAUAUCCCUUUUUAAAUGGUGCUGAAGUCAGGAGUGGGCUCUUCCUGUCACCAGUUGCAAGCAGGGACCAUGUUGGCUAAGGCAGGUGAUUUGGACUGUCUAUUCCCGGACUCUUCUGUAAAGGUUUAACUGGAGCACAUCUUACUAAGGAAAAUUUAAGGAACUCCAAAGCCGCCAGGUGCAGGAGGAGGGAACAAAGCUUCAGGGUGGACCAUGUUUUCUUUAAGGUGGUCUUUCUAUCUUUAUUAUUAUUUAGGGCAAUGUUAGGAGCUGGGCACAAACAAAAUGCGUUGUUACUCACUAGCUUUAGCUGUCUGGAAUAAAACUGACUGAAAACAGAA